AAUACUCAUCAAAGCCACUUGGUGGAGAUUGUGAGCAGCCUUUAUCCUUCAACUCCAGACUGCUCGCUCGCACUGGACUCAAAAACGCUGGAGGAGACGCGCAGCUGACAUCUAUUGUACUUUUCUCAUUUUUCCCAUCCCGACACAAUACGUCAACAAAAUGGGGAAAGGAUGCAUCGCUGCCACCAAGUACUUCCUGUUUCUCUUCAACUUAAUCUUCUUUAUCUUCGGAGCUACGAUUAUGGGAUUUGGACUGUGGAUCCUCCUAGACAAUCAGAGCCUCAUUGCGGUGUUGCAGGAUUCAUCCAUGGUCCUGAAGGUGGUCUCUUAUAUUCUGAUUGGCGUGGGCUCAUUCUCCAUGCUUCUGGGAUUUCUGGGCUGUCUGGGGGCUAUCUAUGAAAUCCGCUGUUUGCUUGGAUUGUACUUCACCUGCCUAUUGCUCAUCCUCCUUGCUCAAGUGGCUGUUGCCAUUCUCAUCUACUUCCAGCGGGAUUUGUUGAGGAAGGAGGCAAGCGAAAUUGUGUCCAAAAUCGUGGUGAACUACCCUGGACAGAACAAAACCGCAGAGCAGGCCUGGGACUACCUCCAGAGAACAAUGCAGUGUUGUGGCUGGAAUGGACGUCAGGACUGGGAUAUGAACCUUAUGAUUAGUAACAGUUCACUGGAACUGUACCCAUGCUCCUGCCACAAUGCUUCCCUCUCACCAACUAACGUGGCUGAUAGCGGCUUCUGUCAGGCCUCAUCUAAUGAUUGGCCCAUCUAUGAGACGGGCUGCCUGGAGAAUGUGGGGAGCUGGCUCUUCACAAAUUAUGGAAUUAUUUUGGGAAUCUGCCUUGGUGUGGCUGUCAUUGAGCUCCUUGGCAUGAUACUUUCUAUGGGCCUUUGCAAGAGUGUACACCAAGAGGACUACACCAAAGUGCCAAAGUACUGAGGAGGAAACACGGACACUUGCACACAAAUGUAUCCAGUCCUCCCUUAUUUACGUGGAACAACAGAUCUCCCUCUUUUUCUACAGUAUAUACAAAACAUAAACUUUAGGGUUAUGUUUAGUCAUGAGGUUUCACUCGAUAUUUAAUCAGAUCUUUUUUAGUCCAGUUUGAAAAGCCCAUUGUAUGGCAGUCUGAAGUGUAGAACAUGAAAACUGCCCACAUAAAUUAAUGAAAAGCCUAUGAUGAGUCCUGGAGCCCCUGAAUGGUCUAUUUAUACAACAACACUCUUUAACACCCAGGCUGGUCAGUUUGCUUUGAUAUUUCUUCAUUGUAGCAACCCACACUAUGAGUUAACAUCCUAUUAAACUUCGGUUUAUGCUUUAUAGACAACAGAAAAACCACAAAGGCCUGCUUUUGUUAAAUCAAGGGACUUUUCUUUAGAAAUUUAGCGUGCAUUCUUUUUGUGGAACACAUAGACUUACACAAUUCCCACUCUGCCCUAGUGGCAUGUCCCGAAUAAGAAAGCUGUCUGUGUUAUAGUCCAUCAUGUAUGUUUGUGCACCAGUGUUGUUUCAGGUUGCUUUUGUUUAUUUUUUAUUAGUGUGUGUGUAUAUAUUUUAGAUUUCAUUUGCAUGUUGAUUUUGACAAGUCUAGGGAGUCAAACUUUUGCCUUUUUUGUACAGAUGAUAAAUGUUAUGUCUUUUCUACAUGCUUAAUUUGAGCAUAUUUGUAAGGAAGUAAAAUAUAAAGCUAUUCCUUGAUGAUGUGAACCAAAAUGAAAUUUAGCCCCCAAAGGUCACUGCAGACUUGAUUUUUAUUUUUUUGCAUUGCUCCUAAUUUAACUGAUUUUCUCUGGCACCACUACGACUUUAAUUGUAUACUUGCUAUGACAAGUAUAAAUGAAAAAAUGCUAAUAGUGUUUUCUGUCAUCUGUAAUAGUUAUUUUGCAUAUGUAAAACUUUGAGUUCUUAAUAAAAGGUACACACUUAUUUUAAUGUUUUAAAAAUCUUUUUUUUAAAUUCAGGGAAUACAGUCCCCUACCAAGUAAUUAUGAAAUGAUAGAAAUAUUGUAACUACAUGUACCUUUCUUAAGCUGAAUGUGUUAUAAUAAAUAACUCACCCAACCUA